UGUGGGGUUAUCGUUGCUAGGUUACGGGAGCUUCUCUGAGAAAAGAGACAGCAGCAGACUUCACUGUAGUGAACGAGGCUGAAGUAGUGAUCAGCUUCACUUACCCGAACCAGCCUUUAUUCAGCUAGUUUAACACCAGCAGCAGAAGCAUGGGCCGGGAGAGCGCUCUGAACACGGAGCUGCAGUUUGACCGGUGAGCCUGGUGUCGGACUGUCGGCGGAGCUGUAAUGAGAGCGGUGGCCUGUGGUGAGCUGGUGACUUCACCGCCCGGCUCCUCAGACCUGGAGACCGAGGAGAGGAGCCACGGGCGGCAGCAGUGUGUUCAGUACCUGCGGAGAAACACCGCCAGAUCAACACUGAACCAUAUACCGCCGAAACAGUCCCAGCCCUACAGCCCGAGGAACAGAGAACAUGAAGAAUUAAUUUUGAGGUCAGAAAACACCACUGUCGACUUGUGUGGUCGACACUUUCUGUUCGAUACAAGAUGGACAAAUGGGAUAUUCAACAGAAAUAACUUCAGAGAUGAAACAGUUUUCUUGCCUCCAGUUUCUCGGAAUUACCACAUACAUCAGUCUCACAAUUUACACAGAUUUUCUGAUCGGAAACAGCUUUCGUAUGGAAUUACAAAGCCGUGUACAUUUGGGCUCUUUGAGGAAUAUGAACUCACAUCAGUUCCAUCAGUGCUGGUAACACUUACAACCCCACCUAUCAGUGAAAGGAAUCGUUUUUCUGAAUGUUUUAACAAUAACAGGUCAAAGAAGAUUAAAAAAGUGCGUAAUCUCUUCAGUGUUGAAUUCAACAACAAAAGUCAGUCAUUUCCUGAUCCUGUUUUGGGUGCUCCAGCAUCAUUCGUCCAGAGACUUUCAGAAAUCUCCGCCCUGCAGGCGGAAACCGUCUGUCAGGAGAAGAUAAAGAAUCUGAAAAAGAACAAGAGGCAGGAAGCAUAAUAAAACCUUUGUUGGUCAAAGGGAAAAGACUUUAUGGUACAAUGCCAAAACAAUUCUAACACAGUUGCAAAGAAGGUCACACUGGCAUAGAAGUAUUAAUUCUGUUCAUUUUGUCUGUUAAUUCUAACACUUAACAUUGAGCCCACAUUGUUUGUUUGUAGCGGGUGUAGUCAUGUAUAUUAGGCCGGCACAAUUAUUUAAAAAUUACAAUCACAAAAAGAAUAUGCACCUGGAUGUACUGCAGGAUAAUAAGAACUGAACAGUAGUACAAAGAAAAAAUGUAUUGAGUUUUUAAAGCAUGAAAAAAACUAAAAUUACUUCUUAGAAUUACUGAGUGUUUGACACAUUAAUUUCUUCUAAUGGGAGACCAAGUGUAGUACUUCUAAAUGUGGAGCAUCACUGACAGUCAAGCACAUUCCUCUGGAUUGCCUGGUACGCUUUUAUUCCAGGCUGUGUAGCUUCUUAUUCAGGACACUUUCUAAGAUUUUUAACAAAACAUUUAAAGUAUGGCUGAAUUGAAUAGAAAAAAGUGCACAUUUAAUCUCAUCGCUGAGAUUUCUGUUGUUUACUGGGUGAUUCUGCAUUGUUAAAUCCUGUCUAAAAAUGCUGCCAUCUCUCAAUAUAUAGUUAGUUAGUUAGUUAGUUUGUUUGUCAAAUAUAAAUAACCAGUUAAGUUAGACUGUUUGUAUACAUACUUUUUAAAAUGUCACAAAGCUCAAUAUAUCUAUAUCCAUCUUUUUGGCCCAAAGCAGUUUAGCCCCACUUUUUCACAUUUUCCUGUUUGAACAGGCUCAUAACAAUAUGGAUGAAAUGACUGAUUUUGAAGGUCUAAUCUUUACAGGUGUAUAUUAAAUGAAAUGCUGUUAUAUUUGUAUUAAAGAGUGCAGAUAAACAGUGUUUUGUUUUUGC